AUGGGAAAUCAAGGUCCAGGAGGCACACAAAAUAUUUCAGACGAAGGAGGCCGGGCAAUUUUCACAAAAAAGAAUAGAUGUUUUAUUUGCCACAAGAUUGGACAUUUCGCAAGAAAUUAUCCCCAAUCGAGGAAAUUUGUCAAACUCUUGCAAGAAAUUGAAGAUUACACUAGCAUACAUCUCGGAAAAGAAGAAGACCUCGAGUUUAUAUUCUCUAUGGACGAUGAACCCACUGAAGAAACUCUAUUCUCUCUUGAUAUAUACGAAGAUCAUGGUGAUGACCACUAUCAAAUUUCUGAACCGGCCGCUAAAGCCCAGGAAGAGAUUAAUGCUAUCACAAUCAUCCCUCAAGUGGAACUCAUGAUUAAUGCUAUCACAAUCAUCCCUCAAGUGGAACUCAAGGUUUAUUCAUCCAAAUGGGAUAAACCAACUCGAGUCAUUGCUUUCAUUGACACUGGAGCUGCUUGUUUACUCAUGAAUCCUAUUGUUCUCCCUGAAGAUCAAUGGGUGCCGCACUUUAAGGAUUUCAACACUGCAUCAAAUGGAAUCUUGACUACCACCAUCAUCACAAAGCACCUAGUAAAAAUUGGGUUCUUUCCAGGAUUGAAGUACAGAACCAAGCUAAUAGGGUCAGAUGCACCAGGGAAAGAUCUUAUUGUUGGAUUCGACAUUUUCAGACAACUAAAAGAUCAACUCCACAUCAGGGCUAAUGGAAUAACCUUCAAGAAGCAGUUCAAACCUUAUUCUGAAAUUCCAAGGCUAUUCCAAAUCACCAACGACGAACAAAUUAAGGAGACUGAACAAAAUCUCAUUGAGCAUUCAUGUGCUGAAUCGCAUAAGGAUUUUAUGAAGAAAGGGAAAAGCCCGUUAUGGAUGAACGAAGAGUUUUUUAUCAAGCCCCCUUUUAAGAAGAAUGAAAGCAUCAAUCCAACAAAAGCCAGUCAUUCAGGCAUGAAUCCAGAUCACCUUCAACUUGCGAAGAAAGAAUGUGAAGAACUCUUGGAAUUUGAUCUAAUAGAGCCAUCAGAUUCAAAAUGGGCAUGUGAAGCAUUUUAUUUCAACAAAAGAGCUGAGCAGACAAGAGGAAAACUCAGGUUAGUCAUUAACUACCAACCACUUAACCACUUCCUCCAAGAUGAUAAAUUUCCCAUUCCAAAUAAACUCACUCUUUCCUCCCACUUAGCCGAGGCAAAAUAUUUUUCCAAGUUUGAUCUUAAAUCUGGAUUUUGGCAAUUGGGAAUCCACCCUGAAGAAAGACCCAAAACGGGAUUUUGCAUCCCCGAUCAUCACUUCCAAUGGAAAGUUAUGCCCUUCAGAUUAAAAACUACACGCUCCUUGUUCCAAAAAGCCAUGAUAAAAAUAUUCCAGCCUAUCUUCCAUACCACUUUAGUUUACAUUGACGACAUCCUAUUAUUUAGUGAUACAUUGGAGGAACAUGUCAACUUGCUUUGCCAAUUUGAGGCACUGGUAACACAAUACGGGAUCAUGCUUUCAGCAAAAAAGAUGGUUCUUGCUCAAAAAGAGAUUGAUUUUCUCGGAAUGCAUGUUGUCCAAGGUGCAUACAGUCCAGGACCCCAUAUAUGUCAGGAACUACUCAAAUUUCCAGAUACCAGCCUCACAACAAAGCAGAUCCAAUAG